AGAGAGAGAUGGAGGAGAGAGAAGAGGAUGUAAAGGUGGGAGCAAACCAGUUCCCAGAAAGGCAGCCAAUUGGGACGGCAGCACAAAGCCAAGGCAAGGACUACAAAGAACCACCGCGGGCGCUGUUGUUCGUACCAGGCGAGUUGAGUUCAUGGUCUUUCUACAGGGCCGGCAUCGCCGAGUUCGUGGCUACCUUUCUCUUCUUAUACAUCACCUUAUUGACUGUCAUAGGUGUGAAUAGGUCUCUUGACAAGUGUGCUUCCGUUGGAAUCCAAGGCAUCGCUUGGGCUUUCGGUGGCAUGAUCUUUGCUCUCGUCUAUUGUACAGCUGGCAUCUCAGGGGGUCAUAUAAACCCGGCGGUGACGUUCGGGCUACUGUUGGCGAGGAAGCUAUCUCUGACGAGGUCUGUGUUCUACAUGGUGAUGCAGUGUCUAGGAGCCAUCUGUGGAGCGGGAGUGGUGAAGGGAUUCCAGAAGAGUCAGUAUGAGAUGUUGGGUGGGGGUGCAAACAUGGUAUCCCAUGGCUACACCAAGGGUGAUGGCUGUGGUGCCGAGAUCGUUGGUACCUUCAUCCUUGUCUACACUGUCUUUUCCGCCACUGAUGCCAAGCGUAAAGCUCGAGAUUCCCACGUCCCUAUCUUGGCACCGUUGCCCAUAGGGUUCGCUGUGUUCUUGGUCCACUUGGCCACCAUUCCCAUUACAGGGACCGUUAUCAACCCAGCCCGGAGUCUAGGCGCUGCCAUCAUCUACAACAGGGACCACGCCUGGGAUGACCAUUGGAUUUUCUGGGUGGGACCUUUCGUCGGAGCAGGACUUGCAGCUCUCUACCAUCAAGUGGUCAUCAGGGCCAUUCCAUUCAAAUCCAAGUGAAUG